AUGAGAUGUACACGAUUGAGAGGAAUGCUGAGAGGACAGCGUCUGCGGGCAGGCUGCUCUACGACAUGUUUGUGAAUUUUCCAGACCAACCUGCUGUAUGGAGGGAGAUCAGUGUUAUUACAUCAGCAUUAAGGAAUGAUUCACAGGACAAGCAGACACAGUUUUUAAGAGGAUUAUUUGAGACCCUUCCUGGUCGGGUCCAGUGUGAAAUGUUACUGAAGGCCACAGAGCAAUGUUUUAACACAUUAGAAAGGGCAGAAAUGCUACUACUACUUCUGCGACGUUUCCCAGAGACUGUGGUGCAGCAUGGGGUAGGCCUUGGAGAAACAUUAUUGGAUGCUGAAAGUAUUGAAGACCAAGAAUCUCCAGUGAAUUGUUUUAGAAAAUUAUUUGUUUGUGAUGUUCUUCCUCUAAUAAUCAACAACCCUGAUGUACGACUUCCUGCCAGCUUGUUAUAUAAAUACCUGAAUAAAGCAGCAGAAUUUUAUAUUAACUAUGUAACUAGAUCUACACAGACAGAAAGCCAAUAUCAAGGUUCACAAGAUUCCUCUGAUAUUAUGUCUCCAAGCAAGCGUAGCUCUCAGAAAUACGUAAUAGAUGGUCUCACAGAGAAGUCAUCCCAGAUUACAGAUCCUUGGGAGAGGCUGUUUAAAAUAUUGUCUGUAGUGGGAAUGAGGUGUGAAUGGCAAAUGGAUAAGGGAAGAAGAAGUUUUGGUGACAUUUUGCAUCGAAUGAAAGAUCUCUGCAGAUACAUCAGUAACUUCGAUAGUGAUGCCCACAUUAAAUAUAAGAAUCAAGUAGUGUAUUCCACGAUGUUGGUCUUCUUUAAAAAUGCAUUUCAGUAUGUCAGCAACAUUCAGCCAUCACUCUUUCAAGGUCCAAAUGCUCCAAACCAAGCCCCACUGGUUCUUCUCGAGGAUGUAUCCAACAUCUAUGGUGAUACAGAUAUUGAUCGUAACAAACACAUACACAAAAAGAGGAAACUUGCUGAAGGAAGAGAAAAAACAAUGCAGAGCUCAGAUGAUGAGGAUCCUUCUGGGAAGGCACGAAGUCGUCAUAUUACAGUAAACAAGGCAGAUCUUGCAAACUCCAUUGAAGUAUUAGAGAGCUUCAAACUGGCAAGAGAGAGCUGGGAGCUGCUCUAUUCUCUGGAAUCACUUGACAAAGAGUUCACCAGAAUUUGUUUGUCAUGGAAGACCGAGACCUGGCUUUGGUUAAGAAUCUUUCUUACAGAUAUGAUCAUCUACCAGGGGCAGUACAAAAAAGCAAUUAGCAGUCUACAUCACUUGGCAGCUCUUCAGGGCUCUCAUUCUCCACAGCAAAUUACAGGACAAGGAUCUCUAGAAAAUCAGAGAGCACUAAUACAGUUAGCAUCCUGCCACUUUGCCCUUGGAGAAUAUCGGCAAACAUGUGAAAAAGUCCUUGACCUCAUGUGCUGUAUUUUACUACCAAUACAAGAAGGCAGUAAAGUACAAGAGGAGCAACCUAAAGUCAAGUCUAAAUUCAGGAAAGGGUCUGAUUUGAAGCUUUGGCCAUGUACCAGUAGAGCUAUCAUGCCUUACUGCUUUCAUCUGUUGUUAGCAUGUUUCAAGCUCAGAGCUUUCACAGACAGCAGAGAUGAUAUGGCACUGGGCCACGUAGUUGUUCUACUUCAGCAUGAGUGGCCAAGGGGUGAGAACUUGUUCCUGAAAGCCAUCAACAAAAUCUGCCAACAAGGAAACUUCCAAUAUGAGAAUUUUUUCAACUAUGUCACAAAUAUUGAUAUGUUAGAGGAAUUUGCUUAUUUAAGAACACAGGAAGGAGGGAAGAUUCAUCUGGAACUGCUGCCAAACCAAGCAAUGUUGAUCAAGCAUCAUACAGUUACCCGGGGUAUAACUAAAGGAGUGAAAGAAGAUUUCCGCCUGGCCAUGGAGCGCCAGGUCUCACGCUGUGGGGAAAAUCUCAUGGUGGUCUUGCAUAGGUUCUGCAUUAAUGAGAAAAUAUUGCUGCUUCAGACUCUUGCUUGAAUGGACUGGAUCAUGAUGCAGUGUCUUUUAUGGAGAGAGAAGAAACUUUUAAUUGUAUGAACAGCAGCAUGGCAGUGGAAAAUCACUUAUUCAGAGACUCAGAGUUACAGGUUCUGCAAUACACAAACACUACUCAGUGUUUGUUCACUGUUUAGUUUUCUUAUGUGCUUAGAUCAAACUUUAUAAAUAAAACUUUGUUUAAAAAGUC